AUGGGAUCCGUAGCUCGAUCAGGAUAUGUCCAUAAGGCAGAUAUCAAGGGCAAAGGAAUCCUCUGUGAGGAUGAUGAUUCUCCAAUCAAGUUGCUUGAUCAAGACGAUUCCUUUGUUAUCAAAGAACACUCAGCGUUAAAGAUUAGGUUUGCAGAUAUAAUUGUGAAGUCUAGUAGUAACAAGUCCGAGGCUUUGAUGACGAUCACAAGGGAGAAGGAGUUUCUAGAAAGGAGUCAAGUUGAAGAUAAAGCAAUGAUGGAGGAAAGGAUCAAAAUCAAACAAGAGGAAAGGCUUGUGUUAAUAAAAUUGGAAGAAGAAGCAAUAUCAAAGCGUGAGUUCGAACAAGGUUCCUCGAUUACAGAGAAAGAACUGAUAAAUCUCAUUGGUGGCUCCCGCAAAGCAAGAGAUCAAUCUUUGCUUAAACAGUUCAGGUUGGUUUUAAAAACUAAUAUUGAUGAUGAUCUUCUUAAUAAUCUUGAAGAAGGUGAAAUCUUUUAG